CCGAAACUAGGACCUGGCGCAGCCAAAUAAAUGUUAAUAAAAAGUCUGUGUGUGGUGUGACACUAUUUCUUGUUUGUUUUUUGUUUUUAAAGCCAAAAAACAGUAAUGAAAGCUGCAUUUCCACCAGAAACACAGAUCUAAAGUAUCAUAGGAUCUGAAAAAUCAUAGCAUACAUUGCUAUGGUCUAGAUGAACUAUUUCAUUUUUUUAAAAAAUGCACAUGUCCCCAGGAAGAUAAGUAUUUAGGUAUUCUUUGCAACACUGUAAUAACAAAAAAUUGGAUGCAACCUAAACGUCCAAGAUUAAUGAAUAAGUUGAUACACUUAUACAGUGGAAUACUAUACAAGUCAAAAUGAAUGAAUAUAACUAAGAAGAAUCAAUUUAGAUAGUUCCCUGAUGUUGAGUGAAAAAAAACAAAUUUACAGAAGAAUUUAUGUACAGUGCUAAACAAUGUAUGUAAAUGUAUUAUAAGCACAAAACAGGGCAGAGUUAACUGUUCUUGAGCACCUACUAUGUGCCAGGUGCCUACCUUAACCCCCAGAGCAACCCUAUGAGCUAGUUACUGAUACUCUGUUUUUUCACAGAGUAGGAAACUGAGGCUCGGUGAGGUGCAGCCCUGCCCAGGGACACAGCCGGAGGAAGCCUAGGUCUGGGACCCACUGGCCAGCCCCUUGAGGCCCCUCCCUGCUCGGCCGGUCCAGGAACUCGGGUCUCAGGCCUGGGCCAGGAUUCUGAGCAAGAAGCCCUGCAACUUCAGCCGCUGCUCCUGCCAUGCCCGCCCCUCACUCACCUCACAAUGCCUCCCAUUCAGCCCUGUCCCCGCUGCCAGGUCUGCGGGCUGGGAGGGGGGCUCCCGCUGGCGUCCAGGCAGGGACCGUUGCCAGCCUUCCCCUGUGCUGCAUUUCCAGGCUGGACUGGCCGUGCGAUCGGCAUGGCGGGGCCCCAGAGUGUCUCCGUGGUGCUGCUGCUUCUGCUGCUGCUGCCGCUGGGGCCAACGUGGCAUGCAGCUGCCCAGCGCUGCCCACAGACCUGCGUCUGCGACAAUUCCAGGCGGCAUGUGGCCUGCCGGCACCAGAACCUCACCGAGGUGCCGAAUGCCAUCCCUGAGCUGACCCAGCGGCUGGACCUCCAGGGCAACAUGCUGAAGCUGAUCCCCGCAGCUGCCUUCCGGGACCUGCCUUACCUGACACACCUGGACCUGCGGCACUGCCAGGUGGAGCUGGUGGCCGAGGGUGCCUUCCGAGGCCUGGGCCGCCUGCUCCUCCUCAACCUGGCCUCCAACCGCCUGAACGCGCUGCCCCAGGAGGCGCUGGACGGGCUAGGCUCACUGCGGCGGCUGGAGCUGGAGGGGAACCUGCUGGAGGAGCUGCGGCCGGGGACGUUCGGGGCGCUGGGCGCGCUGGCCACGCUGAAUCUGGCCCACAACACCCUCGUCUACCUGCCCGCCAUGGCCUUCCAGGGGCUGGUGCGCGCCCGCUGGCUGCAGCUGUCCCACAACGCGCUGAGCGUGCUGGCCCCCGAGGCCCUGGCCGGCCUGCCCGCCCUGCGCCGCCUCAGCCUGCACCACAAUGAGCUGCAGUCCCUGCCCGGGGCGACCUUGUCCCAGGCCCGCGGCCUGGCCCGCCUCGAGCUGGGCCACAACCCCUUCACCUACACGGGCGAGGAGGACGGGCUGGUGCUGCCCGGCCUGCGGGAGUUGAGGCUGGACCACGGGGCCCUGCAGGCCCUGGACCCCAGGGCCUUUGCCCACUGCCCCCGCCUGCACACCCUGGACCUCCGUGGGAACCAGCUGGAUGCCCUGCAGCCGCUGCAGGGCCCGGGUCAGCUGCGCCGGCUGCGGCUGCAUGGGAACCCGCUGCGGUGCGACUGCCGGGCUCGGCCCCUGCUCCAGUGGCUGGCGCGUGCGCGCGUGCGCUCGGACGGCGCGUGCGGGGAGCCGCGGCGCCUGCGCGGCGAGGCCCUGGACGCCCUGCGGCCCUCGGACCUGCGCUGCCCCGUAGCCGGGGCGGAGGAGGAAGAGGAGGAGGUGGCGGCCGCGCGGCCCCGUGUCCCUGCCGGCACCUCCAAGGAGAAGGCUGGGGCGCCCGGGCCCUGCCCUCGCGCCUGCGUGUGCGCCCCUGAGUCCCGGCACAGCGGCUGUGAGGGCCGCGGCCUGCAGGUCGUGCCCCGCGGCUUCCCCAACGACACCCAGCUCCUGGACCUGAGGCAGAACCACUUCCCCUUGGUGCCCCGAGAGGCCUUCCCGGGCCUGGGCCAGCUGGUGUCGCUGCACCUGCAGCACUGCGGCAUCACAGAGCUGGAAGCAGGCGCCCUGGCGGGGCUGGGCAGCCUGCUCUACCUCUACCUCUCGGACAACACGCUCUCCAGCCUCAGCGCUGCCUCCCUCAAAGGGGCGCCCUGCCUGGGCUACCUGUACCUGGAGCGCAACCGCUUCCUGCAGGUGCCAGGGGCCGCCCUGCGCGCCCUGCCCAGCCUCUUCUCCCUGCACUUGCAGGACAACGCUCUGGACCGCCUGGCACUGGGGGACCUGGCAGGCAUGCGGGCCUUGCGCUGGCUCUACCUGAGUGGGAACCGCAUCACCCAAGUGUCCCCCGGGGCACUGGGCCCCACUCAGGAGCUGGAGAAGCUGCAUCUGGAUAGGAACCAGCUGCGAGAGGUGCCCACUGCGGCCCUGGAGGGGCUGCCUGCCCUCCUGGAGCUGCAGCUCUCGGGGAACCCGCUCAGGGCCCUGCAAGAUGGGGCCUUCUGGCCCGUGGGCCGCUCGCUGCAACACCUUUUCCUGAACAGCAGUGGCCUGGAGCAGAUUUCUCCGGGGGCCUUCUUGGGCCUGGGGCCUCGGCUCCAGAGCCUACAUCUGCAAAAGAACCAGCUGCAGGCACUGCCCGCCCUGCCUGGUCUCAGCCAGCUUGAGCUCAUCGACCUCAGUGGCAAUCCCUUCCACUGUGACUGCCAGCUGCUCCCACUUCACAGGUGGCUCACUGGGCUGAACCUGCACGUGGGGGCCGCCUGUGCCGCCCCUCCCAGUGCCCGUGGCCAGAGCGUGAAGGCUGCAGCUGCUGUCUUUGAAGCCUGCCCGGGCUGGGCUGCCGGGAAGGCCAAGCGGACGCCGGCCCCCAGGCCUAGUGCCCAGAGGACCCCCAUGAAGGGAAGACGGCAGGGAGCGAACAAGGUUGGUUGGGGGCAGGUGCAGGGAGGCCUCGCUGGGUGGGUCAGGUUUUAAAGCCCCUGGGGUAGCAGGGAUCUGACUUGUCUUGGUCCCAAUUUCAUGAGGUUCUAGAUCUGGGUAAUGACCCUGUUGCUUCCGUUAAAAAAUGUCUAUCCCCCUCUCCUUACCUCCUCCACCUCUGGGCUAAGCCCAGAGUGGGUUUGUAAGGAAAUGACUGUUUCAUCCCAUGGGACAAUGGCCUUUCCAAUUAAGCUGCAGCAUCCCAGGACCCUAGGUAUCCAUGAGAACCCCACAGUGACUGUUACUGCUGGAUUGCCAUUGAUUCAGCCUGUCCCCACCUGAUCUUGGGGGCCUCGCUCAUCCCUGGGGCGGGAAGAGCAGGAGUGCAGGUGUGUGGUUGGUGCCACGGGUCGGACUCCAUCACCCCCUUGACGUUACGUUUGCUGUCCGGACAAACCCAUUCACACUGGAACGCUCAGUUGUAGCAAAAUCUCACAGGUCAUCAGAGAAGAGUGGGCAGGACAUGGGCACCCCUCCACGUGGCGACCCGUGCUGGGUGGUGAGGGGAUGUAGGGGAGGCAGACCUUAGAGGAAAGCCGUGACCAGAACAGGGUGGGCUCUGGGAAGGAGGGGAGAGGGCUCUGCCUGCUUCUGGACCUGCAGCUUGAAGAGUUGGGGCACCUAGGGACCAUCAGGUGGUGUUUGUAUUAGCUCCCUAGGGCUGCAGUACCACAAACUACCACAAGCUGGGUGGCUCAGAACCACAGAAAUGUAUUGUCUCACUGAUGUGGAGGUUAGAAGCCUGGAAUCAGAGUGCUGGCGGGGCUGUGCUUCCUCUGAGGCCUCGAGGCGAGGGUCCUUCUGUGCCCCGUCCAGCCUCCGCGGGCCCCAGAUGUUCCUUGGCUGUGGCAGCACAAGCCCCGUCCCUGCCUCCACCGUCACAUGAUGUCUUCCCGUGUCUCUGCACAUCGUCUUCCUGCUGGACGUGUCCAAAUUCCCCCUUUUUAUGAGGACACGAGUCAUUAGAUCAGGGCCCACCCUAAUGACCUCAUUUUAACUGGAUCACCUCUGUGAAGACCCUAUUUCGAAAUAAGGCCUUAUUCUGAGGUGUAUCUUUUUCGUGGGGACUUAAUUCAACCCGAAACAGUGUUCGUUGUGGAGGUCGGCUGGGAGUGAGGAAGAACCCCUAAAAAGACCCCAGGCUGAAGGUGAGCAUUCGGCCUUAGAAGCGAGACCUGGAACCAGGGUCGAUGACGGCGGCCAUACUCGGCGAACACUUGGGCGGCGCUUUCUGCCGGGAGUUGUGAUGAACAGAACCGGCGUGGAUGCUGAGCUUGACUCGGGAGCAGCAGCCCCGACAGGUUCACCUCCAGGUCUGGACUCUCAUUGAAAGACCCGCACGCCAAUCCCACAUUUCGUAGCUGCAACAGGAAUGGGGCCUCGCGGGCCACCCCAUCCAACCACCCUUUCUGACACGGAGAUACGCCACCAAACAGGCUUUUUGUUUUUACUUUGUUGAAGGUGGCAGCUUCCUCCCAGGAAUACCAAGACAUCGAAGAAGGAUAAGGGCCCUGAGCCCUGGCAGGGUGUUCUGGGCUGGGGGACUUGCCUGGCCGAAGGCACCUGGCAGACGAGCCUGGGCUUGCUCCCACUGCUGUCAUUUAACAGUUGUCAAGCCACCAAGUUACUGAACUUUAACGAGUCCUCUGUCUCUUAUGCAUAAAAUGAGUCAGCGCGUCCUCACGGGAUUACUGUGAAGAUGAAGCGAGCCGUGUGAACGCCUGUACACUAGUGCCUGUCAUAUGAGGCUAUCACAAAUGGUAGUGCCCUUGCUUCCCGUCCCUCAAGCAGAGCUGAGGAUCCAGAUGGGGGUGAUAGUAAAGGAAGGUGUUUGCACGUGGCCUAAUCUGCACCAGGGAGCUGCUGCAGGCUGUCAAGCAGUGGGAGCAGGGAGUGGAAGUGGUUCUGUUCUUUAGGAUAUUUCCCAGCCAUCAGGUGGCCCUGCUGCUGUGAGACUUCGAGACCUGGUUCCAUCCAAGGGCAAUUGAGGAACAAGGUUCAUUCUGUGCCUUGAGCUAUUAUGUCCCAGAGGUCAACACUUCCAUCUGUAACAAAUUAACCUCUAGGUCCCAGCAACACGUUAUGUACACUUUGUCACAUACUUGGGCUUUCUGGAACCUGUGGUUUUGGGAGGGGAAUGGCUGAAACAUAAAUAAGGAGAAUAUAGCAUGUUGUUGCUAUGGAGACGGGGAGCUCCGGAGAUGACAGAUGACACUUGUGUUCUGCACUCUUCAUGUGUGAACUCACCCAGUUUUCAUAAUUGACACCGUCGGGUGGCAUAUCAGAACGCACUCUCGCUCUAAGAACAGAACGCUGACAAAUUGGACUUCAGCAAGAAAGGGAUUCAAUUGUCUCAUGCAAGUUAAGUAUGGGAGGCCAGUCCAGGGCCGCAACGGCAGCUAAUCGUGCCCUCCAGCUCUGCCUGUUGUGCUCACGGCACCUGUAGGCUUCACCUCUCCAUUCAGGAAGAAGCAACCGAAGGCCAAAAUGCCAUACAAGUCCUGUUUUCCUAGAAGCUCUUCAGUCAGAACUGGAUCCAUUAACGGCAAGAGCAUCGGGGACGAUGAAUUAGUCUCAGCUGAGCAGUUUACCCUCAACAAAGGCAGAGCUGAAGUGCACACACAUGCCACCUUCCUCCCCUGGGAGCUGAUGCCACUGACUGACCCAUCACCACUCAAGUCUGGUGUGUGUGAAAUGGGGGUGGGGUCAGGCAUGGUCCCUCUUUCCUGGGACCUGCCCCGUCCUUGGUCGUCACUGUGUUCCACACACACCUAGUCAUGUUUUGGGGAACUCAGGCUGCAGGAGGGUGCUUUCUGGGCCUGGUUUCUAUACCAUGUGGGCCUGCAGAGUGUCUUUAGAAAAGGAGAAAGGAUCAAGUUCUCUUUGAAUUGACAGGAAAUCAGCUCCCCUUGGGCUGGUCACCCCAUCUCUGGGAUGACACCCAACAGCUGGGUCCUGAGCACAUCCACGGUCAGCACCCCAUCUGACAAGCACCUGACAGUCCAGGAAGCCAGAUACCCGCCCGGCACAGCUGCAGCCCUUAAAGGGGUGACACAGGGACCCACACUGCCGUGCCGUCACUACCCAAACAUGUAGAAGGAAAGAAAAGGGCUGAGGACAGCACCUGCCAUCACCUUAGGUUCCAGGAAGAGGGUCUCUUGAAGAGAGGAUGGAUCAGAGGGAGGAGACAGUUUCAAAGGAGACUAACUGGGGGAAAGAAAGCAGCUGAAAUUUGGGCAGAUGUUAGAUGAACUUCUAGAAGGUACUUUAGAGAGAAGGGGAUUCAAAACAUGUUACGGAGUUAAGGACACUAACAGUGAGGAAAACGAGCCAGGAAGUGUGUUCCUUCCUCCAGGAGCUCCUCCAGGGCCACCUCAGCCAGCAGGGCUGACCACCCAACUCUAUCGCGGCCCUGUGACUUUCUGGCAGGGCCAGACCCGUCUCUGGUUAACAGGAGAAUGAAAAGGACAGGUCCUAGCCCCCCUGGGCUCCAGAGCGGGUUAAGUUCAAUGCUGGUGGCAGCCUCCCUCUCAGGGGAUGUGUGUGCUCGAACACACAUACACACACACGCUGAAUGUGCUCAUACACACACAGAGGCGCGCGCGUGCGCUGAGCUCACCCCCCCCCCCCCCACCAAGCAACUUGUCCUCCAGUGUGCGGCCCCUCACCCCUGGCAGUUGAGGGACAUGGUGGGCGUGGAUGGACGCUGGUAAGGAAGAGCUUCGGGAACUCCAGCUGGAGAGGGAGCUGCUCACAGGCGAGUCUGUGGGUCUCAGCAGCCCUAGUCACGCCGGCCUUGCCCGGGAGGGGGCAGAGGCAACAGGGCGGGUCCGGGAGACCCUGGGUGUUCGUUCGCUGCCCAGCGCCCACAGCACCAGGCAGCGCUCACGCAGAAAGGCUCAGUCUCCAGAGGAAAGUGGGGUGGAGGGGUGGUGGCAGUCGAGGCGCCCUGGGCUGGCUGCCAGCUGGGUGGCUGGGCAGGCAACGAGGAAGUCUCAGUCACCUGUCUCCUGUUUGAUGUUCUCGAUGGGAACGGGCAGCUCUGGACUCGGGGCCUUGUCAGGCGUGGCCACGUCGAGAUGCUCUUCCUUUACACGCACGGUAAUGACUGAGGAGGAAGAGAGGUGGGGGGCAGGGAGAAGAGAGUGUGCCUGUAACUCCGGGAAGGGCGCGGCCUCAGGAUCUGGGGAAGAAAUCAGGCUUCCUACGGACGGGCCCUCAGGACACGGCAAGGGGAGCCCCUUCCCCCUCUGUGGGGGCAGGCAGCACAGAAGGCCUAGGGUCCCGUCACCCCAGCCGGGCAGGCUGCCCACCCUGCCAAGCACAUGAGGUGGAGAGGGCCAUGCGAGACGCUUGGCUCCAUUCAGAGCUGGGGGUGGGUGUUUGGGAAGCCCUCCAGGCCCAGUGGUCUGAGAAGGGUUGCUUGGUACCCAGAAACUUCCCUUCAAACUUGACUCUACUCUUCUGUGCCCAGGUGGGGAAGGAGGGGGUCGGCCUCUGAGCACCGGAGCCGCCCCCAACCUCGACCCCGCGUGGGAGGCUCUUACUCUCAUCAGGAACGGGCUCCGACGAGAUCUUCUCUGCCGCCUGCAGGUCGUCCUCCAGCAGGGGCUUCUUGGACCCCUGUCUGAGGGGCCGGGUCUUGGUUGGUGGUAUUCUUUUUCCUUUGAAUAAACACACGAUUAAAUCCGG